CAUAGCGCGAGGGGCGGAGCUUCCACCAGCGUAAGGAGACAACGUGCGGCCUGAUUGCCCGGGAGAACCGGCACUCCCUCCUGUUCCGGGUCAAACCAUUCUCCCGCUUUUCCCCCGCCUUGGCGGGCAGUCGCAAUGGCAGGGAGUAAUACCAGUGCUGCCGCCGCGGCGACCGCGGCAGCCAACCUGAAUGCUGUGAGAGAGACCAUGGACGUUCUGCUUGAGAUCUCAAGAAUAUUGAAUACCGGCUUGGAUAUGGAAACACUCUCUAUUUGUGUACGUCUGUGUGAGCAAGGAAUAAACCCAGAGGCCUUAUCCUCUGUUAUUAAAGAACUUCGAAAGGCCACAGAAGCACUAAAGGCUGCUGAAAAUAUGACAAGCUGACUUCAUGGAGGGAUCUCUUGAAGAUUUGAAGAUUGCAUACUCGUCAUAAAUAUGGAAUGAAAAUACUUUUUACAGCAAUGUAAAAUUAUAAAACCAUAGCUUUAUACUUAGUGGAAAGUAGCUUAUUGAAAUAUUAUCAGAUAAUUGUUUAGUUCAUGUCUUUAUUCCUUUUUUUUUUAACAAUCCCAUUGGUUUACAAAUAAUAUGCUGUUAUUUAUGUAUUCUUUAUUUAUAGCUUUGAAAGCUUUAAUUUUAUAAACAGUCUGUCAAGUGUUGCACAUUUGCUAUGCCUAGUUGAAAGUAUAGUGGAAACUUAUCAACACUGAUGUAGUAGUUAUGACUUGUUGACAUUUCCAUUAUAAACUCUAGUUUUGAAUUGUUUAUGCAUAAUAACUUUAUGGUUUUACUUUUCAUUGGGCUGAAAGUUGGCAGAAUUUCAGAGAUCCCUUGAGUGUGUCAAUUUUUAUUUAAAUCCAUUGUGUGCAUUAAUUUUGUUUUGUACAGGAGCAUGUUAAUUUCUUAUAGUCUCUACUAUUAUAACUAAAAGACUUAGUUUUUUAAACAAUUUAGCUGACAAUGAAUAAUGUGAACUAGAUCACUUUUUUAUUAAAAAUAAAAAUUUCAGAAGCAGCUAUCAGUUGCUGUUUGAAUCAUCUAAAGCUAACGAGAAUAUUUUAGUUAUGUUUUGCCCUUUAAGAUUUGUCCUCCAUCAUUCAGAGACCUCAGUAAUAAUGUAUUUAUGAUAAGAUAAAUUAAUGUUACCAACAUGCAAGUUACCAUUUAUUUUAUUAAGUAAAGAUAAUUUGGUUGCUGAAUAAGAAAUUAAGAAAUAAGUCUUUAUUCAUUGGAUGAAAAUUCUUUUAAAGUUUACAUUUUAAUUUUUUUUUUUUAAAGAAGAAGAUUUCAGGUCAUUACACAAAGAUUAAAUAGGCCAAAUAUCAAGAUUUGUUAAGCUGUGCCUUCUUAAAGUCAUUUUUGUGAUAUUAUCUUUAUUCUAAUAGUUUUAUUAUUCAGUGGUGCAGUAAAGAGGGAUUUUUAGAAAGGACAAUAUAAGAAUAAAGAACUAGUGUUAUUGAUUCUUUUUUAUCAUUACUUAUUUUUAUGACAUGCAUAUGCUUUUUUUAAAAGGGUCCUGCUCCUUCCACUAUUGUUUUUAAAACACAUAGGCAGAAUAUUUUCACCACAUCAUUCAAACACAUGUGGAAUUCACUGGAAAAUUUCUUGUAUAUAAGAAGAAUACGUAGUGGCCAAAUCUGUUCUGUAGAAUUUAUAAUCACUCAGAUAUGGGGAAUGAAGGGGGUAAAGGAAGGCAGGGUUUAAUAACCUACAAUAUCAAGAACAUAAAAAGUGCAUGUUAAUAUUUUUAGACUCCUAAUUUCUCUAGAAAAUGGCCUCUUUUGGUGUGCUUUUAAAUAUAACAAAUUUUAUAUUUAACUCUUAGGCCUGAAGAUGAAAAGCAAUUUAGUGCAUCCAAUCUUCCAUUUUUUUUUCUUGUAAUGGCUCAGAUUCAGUUUAUAAAUUUAUGAUGUCAUAAAUUAAGUUAUAUGGGAAUCAUAGAAAAAAAGUGGGAAGAAGUAUAUGUUUACAGAGGGCUUCCUGAAUGUGUUACAUUUCUGAAAUGUAAAUCUAUUUUUUUAAUGCAUAUUCAUAAUCUUUCAAAGGAUAUUUAGGGAAACAAAACAAACAAUAACUGUAAAAUCAUAGUCUUGUACAUGUUAUCACUGACAAUAAAACUGAAUAGUCUUGAAAGGUACUUUUGAUUUGUUUCCUAUGUAUUAUGUAUUGGAAAAAAUCAACCAUGUGAGUACCAUAGUCAAGUCAUUUUAUGCUUAUGUGUGAAUAUUCUUAAUAUUUUUAUUAUAAAUAUGUCCUUAGUUAUUCAUGUUUUCCUUAAUUCCAUAGAAGUGCUAUGUCAGUAUGUCUUUUUUUUUUAAUAAAUUUUUAUCAAUA